AUGUCUGCGCUCGCGCGCGCAUCGACCCGCGCAUCGACGUCCGGGAGGAGCUCCCCCGCGCCGAUUUCCCCCCCCCGGCGCGCGCAUGGGAACGCGCGUCUCCCCCGGCGUCCAACCGCCUCGUCUUCGUCAUCCCGCAGCGUCGCGCUCGCCGCCGCGCGCGACGAGUCGCCCAUCCGCGACGGUGACGACGCCGCCCCGAAGACCCCGACGCUGCGGGAGGCUUCCAAGAAGUUCUCCGAGGACUUCUGGGACGAGGUCGGCAAGAGUCGGGGCGGGGUGCCCAUGCUGAGGCGCAUGAACGAGCAACUCGACGAGGAGAGGGACGCGUUGAUGCGGGGCGACGCGGACCCAUCCCGCGCCUCCUCGACGACGGGCGACACCCCAUCGACGGAUCCGGACGCCCGAGACGCGUCAACGACCGAGACCGAGGACGUCGCCCGCCAAUCGGAGGGGUUCUGGACGCGGUGCACCGUCGGCGGACUGCUCAUCGCCGUGGUCUUCUGGUGGUGGGGGCUGACCGGGAUGCACUGGCCGACGGUGAGGUGGGUGCUGACGCACCCGAACGCGCUCCUGUGGUCCGGUGAUCUGGGGUGGUCGGUCGCGAGGGAGGUGGGACUGAGGCUCGGCGCGUCCGCGCUGCGAUGCGGCGUGGCGUGGUGCGCGAUGAGGAGCCACUGGCGAGUGAUGUUUGCGCUGGGCGUUUUCGCGUCGGCGUGUCCCACCGCGGGCGCGACGUGA